AUGUUUUCUCUGGAGGGACCCAGCGUUGCCAAACAGUCUAUUAUUUUUACUGAUUCGGACAGGAAUGGAAUUGGUCUUAUUGGGAGAACAAUGAGGUCAUCUUGCAUUUUAUCGAUAGGCAACUCAGAACACAGCGUCCGAAUGCUGCCGUUCCAGGAGGUUGUGCGUGAGCGCAAGUGUCUUCGUGAACCGCCAUUAUGUACCACUGUGUUGCAGCCACCAAACAUUGAUGACAGGACAUUGCACAAACGAAUUGAGCCAGUGCUCGCUCAGAAAGGAAUCAUUCUGAAGAAAAUGAGCUAUCGACUCCGUUGCUACAUCCACGUAAGUCAGGUUGACAAGUUCCUGUCAGAUAUUGCUACAUCACGCAGCAAAAAACUGAUAAAUAAUGCACGCCCGAGCAUGGAUGAAAUGCGGUCCCAUUACGACGCAAUAGCUCGGCAUUUUGAGGAGCACAAGGGCCGUUUUUGGGCUGGUUCGUGGUCUUUGACUGAAGAAGUGGCCUCUAUACCAAGCCCUUUAUGGCAGGACGUGAUGCUUACAAUGGCUUCAGACAGUAGACUGCGAGCAUGGAAAGUAUGCGCAAGAGUUUUGGGAACGCAGAUGUAUGAAAUGUUUCCCCUUUCAAAUUCUCCGGAUUGUUUGCCUCAUCCAUCCAUUGAAGAGGAACUGCAUAAUGGCACUCAAUAUUCCCGCGCUGAUUUAUUGCUUUGCGUGAGAGCUCUGAAGGUCAUCGAACAAACUGUCCUUUCCAGAACAAAGAGCAUUUCCGGUCCCCUGACUAUAACGAUCUCCGUUAGUGGUAUAUGUGAAGUGACUCCCUCUUUUAUAAGCGUUCUAAAUGCCAUGGGCGUGUUUCUUUCUUACACAAGUACAGAAAGAUACCGUCAGAAGUUAAUUGCCGAAAGGGAGCGCUGCGGUCCUUGGCAGCACACUAAAUUCGAUGAAGUGAUAAUGCCGGUACUUCAAUUCGACAAUUGGGACAUAAAGCCAUUGCACGCUGUCAAGGUUGAUGGGAAGUCUAUGCCAAAGGUGAAUGGGUCGCUACUACAGGGAGUGGUUCCAGGACAGAAAAGAAGACGGGAGAAUAUCGCCGAACACAGCACGAAACGCCCCCGACUGGAUUCUUGGAAGAGUGUGCGUGGGCUGGGAUGUCGUGAUGCCUUCAUUAAUAGAUUCUCUAGCGUAGAGAACACUAUGCUUGUAAAGCAGUUCUCCGACAUCGCAUUUGGUCUCACCGCUCUGUUCAGGGGUCAAUUGGUGGGCCGGAAAGAAUCAAACAACAGCGAAUAUAACAGUCAGACAAUUGCGGACAUGACCUUCGGUGUGCAUGGUGCUCCUUUGAAUUUUCGCACCCUACUCCUUUCUGCUUUUAAACCACACGGAGGGAAAGACCCCUCGGAUGAGUCUCUGUACGAUGAACAGGUUGUUUAUGUCGAAAUCAGUCGUGACAGCGCUGCUGAUAUUAUUACUGUGCGCAGAUUCAUUAACCUUGUUAAGGAGCAAAUUCGUCCAGGACACCCUGGUCGUCCUAGAUACGUUGUUCUGGCAGGUGAUCAGCCCUCUUACAAAAUGUUCUGCGAUUUGUGGCUGGACUCCUGGCGGGAAAGCCGACAGGGAGGUGAGGGCGUGGGGGGUGCAGCUCAUACAUCUUCGAACUGCAACCUGCCGCUCCAUGAAUGGUUCAUUCCCUUUCCUGGUUUCUUUCACGCAGAAAAACAGAUUAUGUAUUCGUUGAGCAAGGAGAUGUUGGACGGCCUCGGUCUGGAAGAGUUAGCAGCGUGCGCGGGACUAUCGCCAUCUCAUGUGUCCAAUAUUUUAACUAAUUCCCAUGCACGAAACAACAGAGCCGUACUAUUCAAUCUGGCUUGUGCGAUCAUUAUUCGUCUCAUCGAUAUGGCAAUGGCAGAGGAUGCGUCUGUGCGAGAAAAGGUUAUCAAUUUGCACAGCAUAUCUUCCCAAAAGCGGGUAAGUGUCGAUGGAUCGCAGGUUGUUAGAAAUCCGUCUCGCACAAUGCUUCCUGUAGGUGAGGCAAAUCUGACAGGUACCCUGUACUCAGCAACUAGUGAUUUAGUUACUGGGGAGGUCAUCUCAGUUGGAAACAUUCUGCGAGAACAUGCACAGAAGACCUUCAAGGGAAGGCCCAAUGGUGAGCAUUUCGUGCACACUGUGUUGUUCGCCUGCUUACUGCCCACUGUAGGGUUCCAUGUGCUCUCUCGAACUGGUCAUACGAACUUCACGGAUGCAUUUUGGUUCAAUCACAAUGCUAUCCUACAUUCAACAACACAUCUUAAGUACCAGGAGGUGUCUCUAUUUUACGCUUUCUUCAGGGGAAUUAUACCGUCUGCUGUAGAGCAGGAACUUUAUAAUACGAAGCCUGGUCGCAUGGUAUUGAAGUUGUUGAGCUUCACUGGUCGCGGGAAGGAAGCACUUGACAUGUGGGGGUAUUCGUAUGUUCAUUUGGACGAGCUUCUGGAGAUGCUAAUUGUAAGGCAUCUGAAGAGUCUCAGCGUUAACCUACUAGGACAUUUAGAGAAUUCUGCUGGCUGGUUGAUGCAGGUAUCUAUGUUCAGGGCACUCGGGCGAUACAUGACCGGGGCAUCGAGGGCUUACGGGCGGAGACGGGAGGCAGACGGUGUAGGAGAGUUGCCAGGACCUUUGGCAGCUUUCGACAGAAACGCAUGCCAGUGGCGAACAGUAUCUCGCAUGUUACACGUUAUGCGAGAGGUAGUUUUUCUAAAUUUGGAACAUCGAGGUGGGGAGUGGCUGACUAAUGUGUUCAGCUUUCCUCCAAAACGCAUGAAUAAUCCUAUGGACCAGCAAGGCAUACUGGACAUUGCGAGUACUGGAGAGACAACCGCCAAACUUCAUUCCUCCGUCAUCUUUCCUGACGUAUUCGGGCCUCUCACUGAAGAUGAGAGGAAGAAGUAUUUCGGGGGGAAAAAGUUUAAGCGAUGGACGAGAUGCCGGGCCGUGCUGAGACCAGCACAAUCAAUGCGUAAAAAGGAGGUAUUAUUGAAUUUGCAGAUCAUGUAG